ACGGUCAUCUACCCGGAGGGAGAGCUCAUCAAGUGGCAGCAGCAGAACCUGGAGGUCCCCGGCGAUAUGCUGAUGGUCAUCGCCGAGGUCAGGGGGCAGAAACUCAUCUGGGUAAGCUAAGAGAGUCAGGGGGCAGAAACUCACCUGGAAAACAAAGUUCCCGGAUGGGACAAAGUUGA